AUGGCUUGCGCCGACCUACUUCAGACUGAUGCUAAUAUGUCACCGAGUGGAGUAUCUCAAACGGCUGAUCAAAAUGGGUCAUGUUUUCAACAUUUACACAAAGGAGCACUAACUUUGCCCCAGCUAGAAGCAGCUGUCGUCGACGUUGAUCCGACAGGACCUCUAGCUGACCUCGUAAUAUGUCUUCUCAGCGCCAUCCGACGUCUCGAGGUAUUUACAUAA